AUGUCUGUCUACACAUCAUCUAACCAGCCCUCGCUGGCUAAACACUCCAUCAAGGAGGAGGAGCCCAGCGCCGUCCACGUCGACGACGUCGCCAACAGCGACACAUCCAGGUCGUCAUCCAUCAGCUUGGACGCCCUGACGAUGGUUGCCUCACACGAGGCACACACGUCUUACAAGAUCGUGCGGGUCAUUGACACGGCCCGGCGCAUCCAGAAGAAGCUCGUCCGCGAGGUCGAAGAGGUCUCGCACCAGCACUUCCAGAGCAUCGACCUCGAGGCAUAUCUCGCAUACAUCGCCGAUGAGCGUCUGGUCCACAUGCCGCCCAAGGGCAGCCAGUGGGACCGCGUGUUGAAGUCGGCCGAGUUCUUCGGCCUUCAGCUCGACGGAUACUCUCGCCAUAUCCAGUCCUUCAUCGAGGGCUGUACCCUUGUCCGCGACACUGCGCUGGCAACUUGCUACCUAUUAUUAGAGCUCGGUCACGACCAAGCUCAGGCGUUGGAGCCAACGUUCAACGCCCUGUAUGAGCUCGGCCUCCUGCUCGGCCAGGCCAUCAGACUCCAUGGCAUGUUCACUGCGAGCGAUGCCAUCCGCUACGAGCUGAGCCGCAUCUUCGACAGCGUGAUCCGCCUCGUCGGAGACAUUGCCGUCUACUACCGAACCCGUAUCAACAGCAUCUACAGCGGAUCCGUGACGAUCGACUUUGAUGCCGAGUUCGGCUCGCAGAUCACCAAGAUCUGGGCCCAGCGGGAGCACCUCUUCAACCACAUGUGGCAGCACAGGCUCGGUAACAAGAGCCGCCGCCUCGACAUCACCACGCUCCGCCGACACCUGCUCCCCACCCGGGAGUCGGCCAAGUCGCACGUCUACGGCCGCGUUGCCGACCGCAAGCUGCGCGUCGACGGCACCUGCGACUGGCUCUCCCACGACCUUCACGACUUUCUCAGCAGCGAAAACGACAUCUUCACCGUCACUGGAGGCGAGGGCUGUGGCAAGAGCAUGCUUGCUGCGUGGGUGAGGGAGAGGCUUGAACGUCCCGUCCACCGAACCCAGUAUGAGACAUUGUCGUACACAUUCUCAACCGACAUCCCUUCAGAGGCAACACCCAUUGCCUUCCUCAAGAGCCUUCUCUCCCAGCUUCUUGAGGUCAACGUCGGCGAUGUUGCUCUCUUUGAGAAGCUCGAAGGCAUCUUUGAGCAUGUCUCCCCCCACAACAACAGCUCGAAACUCGAGUCAGACCUCUGGGGCGCUCUCGACUCGAGCCUGGCCUCCAUUAACAACAAGAAGGUCAACCUGGUCCUCGUCGUCGACGGCCUGGACGAGAUCUCGGGCGGCGCGUCCAAGGCUGAAGAGCUCCACAAGCGCCUUCACACCAGCAUCGGCAAGCUCCCGAGGAUCCAGGCCGUCACUCUCUCGCGCCCCAUCUCCCACCUCGGCGGCAGCCGCUGCAAGCACUUGGUCAUCACGCCCGACCACGUCCGGGACGACAUCGAGCUGUACCUCGCCACCAGGCUCAGCCAAAGCUGCUGCUUCACGGCACAGAACGAGGACGCCAGGCGGGCGCUGGUGGGCCAGAUCGCCGACCAGGCCAGGGGCUCGUUCCUGUUCGCCUACCUCGCCAGACGGCUCUUCACGUCCGUCUCGGACUUUGCCGCCUUCCGUGGCAUGCUCUCGAACUGCAAGUCGGACGUCAAGGCCGUCAUCGGGGAGCUCAUGAAGAGGGUCAACCUCAAGGAGGAGUACGGCGAGAGCAAGACGUACAACCUCUUCACCUUCAUGGUGACGGCCGAACGCCCGCUCACGGUGGGCGAGAUGACGGACCUUCUCGGCGUCUCCCUGUCGACCCGAACCGUCUCCUCCGGCGCGGACGUCAUGGGUCCCGUCCGCAACACCCAGGGGCUCGUCAUCGUCCGUCGUGGAACGCUGCGCUUCAAGCACUCCACCGUCCGGAAGUACGUCCAGGGCCUCUGCGGCUCGACCCUCAUGUCCAUGCACGACUCCCACCGCCACCUGACCAUGGCCCUCCUCCUCUUCGCGAAGAAGCGCUUCACCUACAGCUGCGAGCCGUCGCUGGAGCUGAUCGCCGACGAGGUCUUCCAGGAGUGCUUCCAGGCCAACCACAUCGUCAGCUACAUGAUGCGCCACUGGGUCUCCCACUUCCGCUCGUCCUCCCUGUGCGGCCAGAACGGCUCCAUCACCCUGACCGCUGAGUUCAAGGAGGUCUUUCCAGACACCGUCUUCUUCUCCAUGCUCGAGUGGCACCACUGGCAGACGCAGUACGGCAUCAAGGAGACCAUCGAGAUGCACAACCUCAGCCUCCGCAUCCGGUGCACGUCUUUCGGCGAGAAGAACCGGUGCUACCUCCAAAGCCUCAUCAUCCUCGCCAGCCUUCAUCGGCGCCAGUCCGAGUUUGAGAUUGCGGCCGAGUUCUUCUACAAGGCCUCCCACAUCGGCCAGACCAUCCUCUACAAGUUCAGCCCGCUCGUCGUCUCCUGCACGAACCUGUUCCUCACCUGUACCGAGACGCUUACCUUCACCAAGAGGACGACGACGGUCACGCACCGCGAGGAGAUGAUCAAGUUCAUGAUCGAGAUCUCCAGGAACAAGCAGGGCGCCCGCAGCGACGCCGUCAUCAAGUGGCACGAGGCCCUCGCGAAGCUCUACGUCGACAUCAAGGAGUCGGAGGCCGCGAUGGCCAUCUACAAGGAGCUUCAGAUCAUCGUCACGGCCCGGUUCGGCAAGGGCUCCAAGAGCGAGGGCAAGAUUGCCGAGGCGCUCUCGGGCAUGACGGUCGUUCUCAAGGCCAACGGCGACAAGGGCGGCGCCGGGCACGAGCACUGGCGCCACCUCCUCUUCGAGACGGCCGAGGAGCUGUCGUUCACCGACGUACGGCGCAUCAAGAUCCUCAUCAGCCUUGCCCGCGACUACGAGGCCAAGGGCCACAUCAUCCAGGCCGAGAGGCUCUACGUCAGCCUCUGGCGGGGCAUCCUGGAGGCCUGCCGCACCAAGGCCACGACGGAGCUUCACAUCCAGAAGAUCAGCAUCGCCAUCGAGUACAUCCACUUCCUCAAGCGCAUCAAGCGCAACGAGGAGGCCUGCAACAUCAUGAUCUGCGUGUGGGCCGAGUACGAGAACCAGAACUUCGAGUCCGAGACCAUCAUGAUCCGCCUCAAGGAGCUCGGCGUCCUCGCCAAGUCCUUCGGCAUCCUGACCGUCUCGAUGAACAUCCUCAAGAAGGUCUGGGGCUGGUUCAAGGAGAGGAAGACGAUCGAGAGCGAGGAGGCCGUGUCGACGACGACCAUCAUCACCGAGGUCGUCGAGGAGAUCACCGAGACCGUGGUCGAGACCAAAACGUCCAUCACCGUGGUCGAAACGGUGACGCGCGAGAUCUGGGAGGCCAACUACCAGCGCUGCCGCAAGGGCAAGACGGACAGGCACUUCUUCAAGGCCUGCCUGAACAUGGUCAACCUGUACCUCAAGCUCGAGAACUGGGCUGAGGCCGAGGUCGUGAUCCGCAAGACGCUCGAGGUGACGUGGAAGGGCGUCCUGACGGUCGACUCCAAGCUGACGCUCGAGGGCGAGUUCAUCUCGGAGCGCAUCUCGGUGGCGCGGCGGCUGGCGCUCUGCUACCACCGCCAGAGGCAGUUUGAGAGGGCGGAUGAGAUCUACCUCCGCAUCUACCACGCCUGCUUCUCUGCUUUCAAGGCCGAAAACGUGCUGGUGCUCGAGUCGGCCGAGGCCCUGGUCCAGUUCUACGAGGACUUCCACCGCCACGACAAGGUCAUCGAGAUCUACAGCACGCUGCUGCAGCACUACCGCAAGUACCUCAGCGCCGGGCACAGCAUGACGGUCCAGGUCCUCUACAAGCUCGCGGCCGUCUACCACAAGCUCGGCCGCAAGGAGGCGUACGACUGCUACGCCGAGAUCGUCACCAUCUUCUCCAGGGACGGCUGCUGCCACGGCAGCGCGCUCGACGCGGCCGUCAUCGUUCUCAACCACUACCACGCCGAGAAGCGCUGGGCCGAGCUGCAGAAGAUCUGCGCGACGCUGUGGUCGACGUUCGUCCACCGCAGCGGCGAGAUCAAGUUCUCGCAGGAGACGGUGGAGCUCAUCUACGCGCGGUACCGCUACGUGCUCGAGGUGCACGCCAAGGCCGAGUUCUCGGUGCGCUACAAGCUCACGAUCGAGUACCGCGAGACCGCGACGAAGGUGUUUGGCGCCUCGGCGGCCAUCGUCAUCAAGGCGCUGAUCGCGCAGGCCGAGAUGUGCGAGGCCUCGGAGGAGCACCGCCACGAGUCCAUCACCAUCUACGAGGAGAUCAUCCGCAAGACGACGACGGCCAACAUCGUCUCGGAGACGACGGUCCGGACGAUCAAGAAGCGCCUGUCGAAGCUGUACGUGACCGUCAUCACGUCCAACAAGUCGACGACCACGACCACCAUCGAGCGGGCCAUCGGCGUCAGCCUCGAGAUCUACGGGCAGCUCAAGGUCGAGCUCGGCUGGUGGCACGAGACGACGCUCACCAAGCUGCGGGAGAUCGUCCUGAUGUACAAGAAGGUGGGCAGCAAGGAGGCGCACGCCUCCAUCACGCAGCUCCUCCAGGCGUCCAUCAUCGAGAUCAUCACCACCGUCAGGGUCUCGAUGCACCUCCACUCGGCCGCCAAGACGCUGGCCUCCAUCUACGUGUCGGCCGGCAUGGCGCACCACGGCCAGGACCUGCUCCGCCAGCUGCGGUACCUGCUGCUCUUCCCCGGCUUCGAGGGCGGCGAGAAGGACAUCAGCAUCAAGAUCUCGGGCCAGUCCAGCAAGGUCUACCUGGUGUUCCUCAUCUCAUUUGAGCAGGCCCUGGGCGGCGAGUCCAAGACCACGACGUACAGCUUCUCCGAGCUCAUGGCGGACGUGCUCCUCGAGACGGUCCUCUACGAGCAGUACAUGUCUGUCAUGUCGACGGUGACGGACUCGACCCGAAUCGAGACCAUCAUCGAGCCGGCCGCCCGCCUCCGCUUUGUGUGGGAGUCCCGCAACAGGAAGGGCUUCGUGUCCGUGCUGGACAAGAAGCUCUUUGCCCUCUUCACCUCGCGGUACGGCAAGUUCCUCGGCGGCCAGGACGCCAACGUCACUUUUGGCUUCUACGAGGCGCUGCUCGCCGAGAUCGGCGGGGGCAUCGCAGCCGACAGGGGCGCCAUCGACUUCGCGCUCGUGUCGUGCAAGGCGGCCUUCGCGUCCGUCAGGCGGCUCAUGGUCGAGGAGAACAACUUCGCCAAGGCCAACGGCGUGGCGAGGUGCGCCUUCGAGUUCGCCCACGCCCAGCGGUUCUACCACCAGCGCAACUGUCACGCCUGGGGCUUCCGCCUGGCCGAGGUUCUGGCCGGCAUCGACGUGGACAACUGGAAGACGGCGGACGCUAAGCAGAAGGAGAACAUGCUGGCCACCAGCCGACACGUCCUGCAGCACGUCCUGGCCGCGCUGAAGGAGGAGAAGGUCGAGUUCACCAGCCUUCGCUUCGAGGACAUCUCCAGCCUGGUGUACCUUCUUGGCGAGCAGAAGAACUGGACCGAUCUCGAGACUGUCCUCACCUCGCUCUGGCGGUCCCGAGAAGUCCAGCGCAACUGCGGCGUCUGGACGCCCGAUGUCGUGCUCACCAUCGGCUCGCUCCUGGUCAACGCCCACGAGCUGGCCGGCCACCUAGACCAGGCCAUCGGGCUAUGCGAGACCAUAUACUACAACGUCCGGCAGUCACGCGGCGGCCUGGACCACUCGGCGCUCUACUUCUCCAACCGGCUGACGUACCUCCUCCGCCACGCCAACCGCCUCCGGGACGCGGGCCGCGUGCACCUCGACGUGGCGCGCGACCUCGACGAGCACCUCGCGGCCACGCGCGGCUCCGACAGGGACGAGCGGCUGCGCGCCGCGGCGGACGUCCACCUGGACGGCAUGCGGCGGUGCGGCUGGGCCACGCGCGGCGGCGACGGGGGCCGGGGCGCCGGGGAGAUCCUGGAGAGGCUCCGCGGGUACGGCAAGCUGAGCGUGCCGCCGAUCGAGGAGUGGACGGCGGCGGACGAGAAGAAGGAGGCGGGCCGCGUGUGGCCCGAGGCGAUCCGGUGGGAUCUCGGCAAGCCCGAGGCGGCGGAGGUCGCGGCUGCGGCGCCCAAGAAGAAGAGGGAUCUGCUGUCGCCGGCCAAGGAGAGGUGGGGACGUCUUGGGUUCCGGCAGAUCGGGUGGGAAGCCGUCUACUGA